GUUGAGACAAGUGAAUAAAACGAACGUAUUGGAUUAUUAUGAUAUUUGAGAAUAGCGAAACGUGAUAAGUGCGUCAUAAUUGAUAAUUCUAUUUUUUCUUUUCUUUUUCUAUUCAAACGUUUUUCAAUAGUGGCGAUAAGUAAAACGUUUCUUAAUAAUUCGCAUAUGAUUUUCGUACGUUUCGAACGAAAAGGUCCUUCACGAUAUUCAUGACAUUUAUCCAACGAAAGAAAUGAGUUCAUUUGAAACGUUAUUAUUGAAUGAAUUCUUUUCUUUUCUUUUAUUUUUUUUUUUUAAGUUUUUUUUUUCUCGUCAAACGAUUUCUUGGAUUCUUUUGAAAACGAAGAUUUUGAAAGUAAACGAGAGAGGAAGUGGGAAGUGAUAAAACAUUCUAAGAAACUAUCCACGUGGAGGAAAUCAAGUUAAACCUGCGGAACGCGAUGGAGGGAGAUAUAAUGUUUUUGCGUCCUUGGUCUUAAGGCUUUAAUAUAUAAAGGCAAACAGUGUGGCUCUUACUGCAGAAUUAGAACGGGGAAAGUCUCGGUCCUAUAUAUUUGUAUGCAGAAGUAAUGCCGACGAAUGAAAAUAAGAAGUUGAACGAGUUGUUGAUAAAUACAUCAGAUUUUUAUAAACAAAGUGAUAAUACUGUAGAAUCCAAUAUAUCGUUAAAUCGAAAAUUUUUGAAUGAUUCUACGAUGUCGUCGAAGGGAUUGCACGGUAUUCCGAUAAAUUCAAAUGGAUCAGAAGUUGUCAUUGGUGAACGUUUAACGAACAAUUUAUUGAAUGAUGAAGAAACCAAUCAGAUUGGGGGAUACUACGAAAGUUUAUCCAAUCGUAUCCUACAUGAAAAAUUUUUAAGAGACUUGAUUGAUAUAUUACUGGAUAAAGCAAUUUUCGAGGGUACGUCAAGGAAUGAGAAAGUCGUGGAGUGGGUGGAACCAAAGACACUUCCUUCUUUGAUAGAUUUGACGUUACCAAUGGAAGGAGUAUCACAUGAAGAAUUGCUGUCGUUAGCUCGUAAUAUUAUAAAGUAUAGCGUGAAAACAGGUCAUCCACAUUUCGUCAAUCAACUUUUCUCCAGCGUAGAUCCUUACGGUCUCGUAGGUCAAUGGUUGACUGAUGCUUUAAAUCCUUCAGUUUACACUUACGAAGUAUCACCAGUGUUUUCCUUGAUGGAGAACGAGGUGCUCGAAGAAAUGAGAAAAAUAAUUGGUUGGGAAAAUGGCCGAGGCGAUGGAAUAUUUUGUCCUGGUGGCUCAUUGGCCAAUGGUUAUGCUAUUAAUUUAGCUCGUCAUUAUAAAUUUCCUGAAUUAAAGGAAAUUGGUUUAUCGCAAAUGUCUAGACUCGUUGUAUUCACAUCUGAGGAUGCUCAUUAUUCGGUGAAGAAAUUGGCUGCUUUCCUUGGUAUCGGUGCUAGCAAUGUUUAUUGCGUUAAGGUCGAUGAACGUGGUAAAAUGUGCGUUCAGGAUUUAGAAAAACGAAUCAACGAAGCUCUGCGCCAGAAAGCUAUACCCUUGAUGGUAUCUGCCACCGCCGGUACGACAGUUUUAGGUGCAUUCGAUCCACUCGAAGACAUAGCUGCUAUUUGCAAAAAAUACAACAUUUGGCUCCACGUUGACGCAGCUUGGGGUGGGGGUGCUUUGAUGUCGAAGAAGUAUCGUUUUUUGCUCAACGGUGUUGAGCUGGCAGAUUCGAUAACUUGGAACCCUCACAAGUUGCUCGCCGCACCUCAACAAUGUUCGACUCUUUUGAUACAACACGAAGGUUUACUUGAAUCUGCACAUGCCUCAAAAGCGAGCUAUUUGUUCCAACCAGACAAAUUUUACGAUACUUCUUAUGAUUCUGGCGACAAGCACAUUCAAUGUGGUCGAAGAGCUGACGUAUUGAAAUUUUGGUUUAUGUGGAAGGCCAAAGGUACCUAUGGUUUUGAGAAACACGUCGAUCGUGUCUUUGAAUUAUCACGAUAUUUUACCGAUUACAUUCGUCAACGAGAUGGAUGGAAACUUAUGUUAGAGCCCGAAUGUACGAAUGUUUGUUUCUGGUAUACACCGCCAUUGAAACGUCAUUUAAAAGACGAAGAAUUAUCCAAUCUUCUUCAUAAAAUUGCUCCGGUCAUUAAGGAGCGUAUGGUCCGUAAAGGAUCCAUGCUAAUUACAUAUCAAUCUUUACAUAAUCUUCCUAAUUUCUUCAGGCUUGUUUUACAAAACUCCGGAUUGACGGAAGCUGACAUGAGAUUUUUUGUCGAUGAAAUAGAAAGGUUAUCGUCUGACCUCUGAAAAUAUCAACAUAUUAUCGAUGAUAUCAAUGAAAGUAUAAAAUACCAUUUUCUUAUAAAUUUGGAAUUUACAAACUCAUAUCAUGUAAAUAGUAUUUUUAAUAUCCAUGUAUUAAUAUAGAUAUACACGUACAUAAAUGUAUAUAUGUACCUAAAAAAAAUA